UGCGCCUCGCACGCCACUCCUCUGUCCUCUCCCCCUUUCUGCAAAAACCCCAACCACGCCUCGCCGCCUCACCCGAUCCCAGCCAAAACCCUAGCCGGCGCAGCAUCCCCAUGCUCCUACGCGCGCACAAGCGCCGCCACGCCGGCAACGGCGACGGAGGAGGCCCGGCUCUGUCCGGCACCAACGGCACCGGGAGGUCCGCGCCGGCCGACCCGCCCGCCCAUUCCGACGGCGGCGGCGGCGGCGGCGUCCACCUCACAGCGCUGCUCGACGCGCUCGGCCUCGGAGCCUUCGCCCGGCUGGACCUCCCGGCCCCGCCCGACGGGCUCGGCCUCACCGCCGCCGCGGACCCCUGCUCGGACCACAUUAUCGUCUCCCUCGGAGGCGUCAGCGUCCUCGCCUCGCCCGCCGACCUCGCGGCCGCGCUCUCGCUGCCGCUGGGCGUGGCCGCGCUCCCCGCGCCCGUGUUCUCCUCCGCGGGGGCGAUCGGCGCCGUCAGGGCGUUCGUGCUCGAUCGGCUGCUGCUGGGCGGGACAGGGGUGCUGCCGGAGGGGACCGCCGCGGCCUUGCAGCUGGUGGAGGACGGGAAGGCGUACGCGGUGGACUGGGGCUGGUUCGUCUGGGCGUUUCUGAUGUCGGAUGUGCUGGUCGGUGAGCCACGGCGCUGCGGCCGGUACCUUUUCCGGUUGAUGAGGUGCAAAAGGCCCGACCUUUUCUCAGAGGUUGACGGGAGGUUUCUCGGGAAGAGGAGGAAAGUCCUAAUCCUGCAGCAGGACGAGAAAUCGCUCCAUGGAAACGGCAUCUACGAUCAGCCCAGGGCAGCAGAAGCAGAGGUUGAAGAGAAAUCGGUUUCUGGACCGAGCAAAAAGUCUGGAGGUGUCAAGGAUCAGCAGCACACAAUUGGAACUGAAGACCAAGAAGAUGGCAGCCACUGCAAUGGCAAUGCUGCCCCAAGCCUCCCUUCUUUCUACGCCAGUAGGCAGCAAGUUCUAGCUCACCUCUCUAACAUGGAGAAUGCACUUCUGGACAAGGAGAGAACUUUGUCGCGCACUCUAGCUGAAAUACGGCGCAUGAAGGAGGAGGAGGAGGAGAAGGACAAUGAGAUAGCGUAUAUCGUUAAGGAAAUAGAGGAGGAACUUCAAGCAAGGCACACCAAAAUCAACCAACUUGAGCAUGACAGAAUGUUGAUGCGUGAUAUUCUUCAUGGAUGCAAAGAAAUGCUCCAAGACUCCUCUGCUGCGUUUCUGGAGUACAGGAAGGCGAUGUGCGAAGGAAGCGGCGUUUCGUCUCUGGAUGUUGUCGCUAAUGAGAAGAAUCAGCUACGUUUUAUGCAGCAGCAAUGGCAGGCCCGUGAAAGAAUCGUUGAUGGGUUUCAAAAACCUAUGCUUUUGAAGGUUACGGCGUGUGCUAAGAAGAUUGCCGUGCUGUUACCAAAGCUCACAGGCCUCAACAAUGAAGUGCAAAGGUUAAAGGGUUCCAGAUCAAUUCCAGAUCUCAAUGUGGGGCCUCAUCUGUGACUUCUGCAUUCAGGAAUCUACAAUGCUGAUGCAGGUGGCCGUUGUCUGUUCAAGUCUUUGGCAGGCAGAAGGAUGUGUAUUUGGGUAUUGCUAAAUAGCUGAGAUGGUUCCCGUAUGGAUGUCUAUUGGUGAUUAGUUGGUCUGUUAUGCUUUUCGUUUCGUCUAUAGCUUAUGAUGAGCAGUAAAGAGGUGAUAUGUCGCCUGCAUUAUCUCCUUAUUGGAUACUUGGUUGGAGCCUGAAGGAUAUGGUGUAUGCUAUCUUUCCCUUCCGUAUUUACUUUUAGUGUCAAA